AUGACUUUCAUUACAAGAACAAUCGCCGUUUCAUCCCUUCUCUCAGUAUCAACUGCAUUUACGGCCUCGCCAAGCAUAAUUGACAGAAGAUUCAAGAAUACUCCUGAAGGACCAGAAGGAAUGAGGACUACAUCAACGAGAUUCUUCGCCGAUAAUGUUGCAUAUUCGUAUGACAUGGGGAUCGGCAAGAACGAACCACUUGAUACGGAUGAUGCUACCGAUCAUACCGUCCUUCCUGAAAGCAUUGUUAGUGAGGAUGACGACAUUUAUGGAGCAGCUCAGUUCAUGGCCCAAUACGAGUCGACCAACAAGUUUCCAUCACCAUUGGACGAUUCGUCCUCGCAGCGGCACCAACAUCACCAUCAUCAAACAGCAGAACACAUCAAUACAGUCAAAGCAGCGCAAACCAAAACCAAUAGCAACAAAAAGAAGUCGCUUCCGAAAGUACAAUUCAAGAGACAGUUGGAAGACGUCUUGUACAUUUUGACGGACGAUUUGAGUGAACACGCGACAGCCAGUACAGCAUCUGGCGAACUUGACCCCAGCACAAACAGAAAUCAUCGUCCAGUCAUGAUGAUUCAAGAAUCAUCUAGUAAUCGACAACUCGACAUCAAUUCCGUAUGGGUUGAAAUGUUGAUUCAUCAUCAGCAAAAUAUUGGAGCAGCACCUGUGCACCAAAAACAAAUGGCAUAG